UGGCUUCAACUCUCUGAUGGUUUUACAUCUGCAUUUGUAUGGGGCUAACUCUUGCUUGGAGCAGAGAUAGAUUUAAAAAAUCCUUUUGAGGAAAAAAGUAUUUUUCUGCCCUUUUAAUAUUUCCUUCUCUGGGCUAACUUCCCUCAUGACCUGUAGCCCAUAGGUUCCUGAGGUUCUACCACUACCUACCUCUCUCACACAGAGACACACAGUCGUGAGAGUUGGUCUUGUUUUGUAUAUUUGCCUGUUGCUUAAUCAAGAAUCCUACUAUUGAAUGGUUGCAUCGCAUCUCAUUAAACUAUCAUGGUUUGUUGAAUGAGCUACAUUUGCUAAUACAGAAGCUCACUGAAUCGAACUUAGACCCUCUCCGUCCGUUCUGUCUUACAAGGUUCGCAUCUCUGUCACGCCCCCGCCCCAGCUUUUAGCCUGUCUUGAUUUCUAACCACCCGCGCGUCGCUCUCCCCACCUCCGCCUUGACGUCAAACGAGCCCUUCUAGGCGUGCGCCUGCGCAUUUUUCCGUUGUCGCGCGUGAUGGGCGUGGCCGAACUUGAUCUGGCCCUUUUAGGCCGCCGUCGUUGCAUGUGCUGUAGUUUCGCGGUAGUUCUUCUGUGAGACUGCCAGAGUGGCUUCGCGGAAGUCAUUCUGGAAGAUGGCGUUGGCCGAAGCGAAUGCUCGGUUGCCGGAGGGUGCGACUGGGGAGCGAGUGGAUCCGCUUUCUCGCUUCACUUGCCCGGUGUGCCUGGAGGUGUUUGAGAGCCCCGUGCGAGCGCCUUGCGGUCAUAUCUUUUGCACACCAUGCAUUCAGGAAUGUCUUAAGCCUAAAAAGCCCGUUUGUGGAGUUUGCCGUAGUACUCUGGCUCAUGGCAGCAGAGCUCUGGAUUUGGAAAAGCAAAUUGAAAUGACAGAGGCUACUUGCAAUGGCUGCAAUCAAAAAAUGUAUCUUUCAAAGCUGCGAAGUCAUGCAGCUGCUUGUUCGAAGUACCAGAAUUACAUAAUGGAAGGUGUUAAAGCUGUGACUAAAGAACCACUACAGAAUAUCAGGAGUGUUCCCAAUAGAUUUACAUUUCCUUGCCCUUAUUGCAAUGAAAAAAAUCUGGACCAAGAAGGACUGGUAGAACACUGCAAAAACUUUCACAGCAAUGAUACAAAGCGAGUGGUUUGUCCAAUCUGUGUAUCAAUGCCCUGGGGAGAUCCACACUACAGAAGUGCUAACUUCAUGGAACAUCUUCAGCGACGCCAUCAAUUUUCAUAUGAUACUUUUGUGGAUUAUGAUGCUGAUGAAGAUGAUAUGAUGGCCCAAGUCCUAUUGCGUUCCUUGAGGGAUCAAUGAAAAAAGCAAGAAGUAUUCUUAAUACUUGGCUUCCAUUGGUGAGAAAAGACUACAGAAUGACUUCCUCCAAGAUACUUUGGCACACAUAAACUUAAACUGAAGGCUCUCCCAUGGUUUUUAUUCCUGUCUUCAAAUUUCUAAUUUUGCUUUUUUCUAAUGGACUUUCUGUUGAAGCUCAUCUUCGCCAAGGUCUGUUUUUCUUACUCAUUUCUGGAUAUAUAUUUUUUUCAUAUAUCUGUUUCAGUUCUGAAUCCUUGCAGUCAGGAGACUACAAAUAUUUCUAAUGUAUUAGCACCUUUAUUUUAAUUAGUGCUAUUAUAUUGUUUGACAUGGAUCAUCAGUUAGAAGCCCAGGUUUCCUAAAUACUUAGAAACUCUGGUUAUUAGAUUCAGAUAUCGGUCCAGAUACAGGAUUUUAUUUCUAAUAAAUUAGGAUUUGAUACCUACUUUUCAAAGCUGGAUUUGGUAUCAGCCUUCAGCAAUAUAUAAAUCCCUAGUUGGAAAUUCUUAUAUAGUAAGCCAUUGGGUUUUUUUUUUCUUGAGUGUUAAGAGUGAUGUUUAUCUUAAUACAUAUUUUGACUCUGAACAUUUAUGCAGAGUUGAGAUAGAGACUAUGAAGAGAUCAUUGUAUGGUUCCUGAAAGAUGAACAAUUCAAGGUUAAUAUUUCAUUUCCAGCUUCCUGAAGCUGACUACAUCUUUAUAUAUUUCUACCUCUAUGCCUAGAAUUCAGAACAAUCUGAUAGCAACAAUAGUGCAGACUUUAACAUCUGGUUCUUUAGGUAUAACAAAUAUUAAAGCCUCUUAUGUUUUGUGAAAACUCUGCUGUUUAAUGCAGAAAUUUGUUCAUAAGUGAGGCUUCCAUGCAGACCAUAAAUAUUUCAUGUACUUAACAAAUCAUGCCAUACAAAUUGACACAUCCUGAAUUCAGAGGCUGCUAUGAAUCUUGUCAUACAGGUUAAUUCCAGUUUUGAUUCUCCUACAUGGUCUUGAAUUUUUGAAGAUAAUUGGUUUUAUUUUGCUCAUGUGUUGAUUGAGGCCAAAUAUGGCAAACAGGGAUAAUACAAACUAGUCCUGAUAUAUCUAUGUUUUCAGUAGGAAAUGAAACUAUUUGUAAAGAUCUGUGUCUUUACAAUGGAGUUACAGACUGACUAUAUGUACCUGGGAGCCCCGAUCUUGAGACAAAAUGUGUGUACGUAUUGCUUCACUGCCUACAGAGGAGAAGUUGCAGGUGGAUUUCUACUCCAUCACGUUUACUGAGAAUACUAAUAAAUGGAAUAAGAUUGCUGUGGUGAAGAGACUUAAAGAUUUUGAUGGGAUUUGGUGAUUGCUUUUGAAUGUAUUACAGUGUUUGGAGAUUAGUCCCAAAUAAUUUAAUUUUUUUAUUUUAGAGCGGCACAAGCAAGACAUGUUCAGAAUGAAAAACUACAAUGCCCAUAAGUGGCAAAUACAUGUAAGACCUGAGCUAGAUAAUGGAUGCUUUUGUUAUAUAAUUAAAUGUGUUCAAGGGCAGCUUUUUGCACUAAGUAGAUGUGAUGCUGACCUUGAGUGUACAUUGACCAGAAAAAGAUUGAUUCAUACACAUUUGACUCAGAAGUCAUAUGGUAUUGAUCUGAAGCUUAAAUGUGUGAGAAAGACCUUCUGGAAGACGAUUCCUUUAAAUUUAGUUGAUGGCCUAGAGCCAAUAAUGACAUAGCACAUCUGGGUGUCUUGAUUUAACUGCCAACUGUUCAUGCUGCCUUCUAGAAAGAACUGCUUAAUUUAUGCUUCAGCACUGACUAAAGUCUUUGGUGGCUAGGAUUUUGGGAGUUUCCACUGGAUCAUUUAGUGAUUGUUCUGGUGAGGUUGUCCAAGAAAUAAAGAGUGGCUGGGUUUAUCAUGGGCUUCUUCAAGUUACCUCUUCCAACAGCUGACCUUUGUGCGCUCCUCCCCAUCUUGGAAUGACUCCUGAAGGAGCCAGAAGGGAAAGCUGACCAUAUAUAGAUGCCCCAAAGUGCCUUCUGCAUGCAUGUGAGCUCCUUGGGUCCAGGCCAUUGUCUUUCAGUAUUUGAGCAAGUAGAAACGUUUCUGCCAGUCACUUGCGGAAUUCACAGGAGCAAGAUUUCCUAAUCCUUGAAAGUACUUUUUUUUUCCCCUUGUAUUCUAAGUGCACUUCUAGUGUUUUAACAAGAAUUUUAGGAGUUCAAAUUUGUCUUUUAAAUAAAUUAACUUAGUUGAUAAAAUGUACAGAAAUUUUGUUCCUUGUUAUAGAAGUUCCAAAGUUGUCAUUUGAACUAGAUUAAUAAACUGAAUAGUAAAUUACAUUCUCCCAGCUUUUGCCCUAUCCCUUCUGUUUACUGUGAAGUGAUGCUAGCAUAUAAUGGGAUUGAAUACAGCAAUCAUUUUUAACUAAAUCUACUUCAGUAUUGCCCCACUUAUAGAUUCUACUGUGCAGCUGCAAAGUGGAUCAGCAUAAAUUAAACUGGUUAGUUUGGAUGAAACCUGUACUUCAGCAGAACAAUUCACUGAAUGCAUACCUGAACUUCCCAAGGAUGUAUUAAUGAUAUGGAAUGAUGUAUCAUUUUCUGAAGACACAAUGCACUCACACAACACUUUUCUCAGCUUCUCUUUGGGAAAAUGCCACAAGGAUAAGAGGAAACAGAGGGAUGCAAUUUUGUGACUCAUGGUUCCAACCAAUUCGUUUUCACUGGGCUUACUAGGAACUUGUCUUCCAAAAUGAAUGGCAAAAUAUUACAAAUGGCAGAGCUUUUGUAGAGUUCAGUGAUUUUUCCUAGAUUUUUUUUUCUCUCUUGGAAGCUACAAGUGUUCUCUCCAAUUAACCCACAGUUAAUUGUUUGGAGGAAUCUGCCAAAUGUGAAAGAAUGUGUCAUUGUUGACUGGGAAAUGCCGGCUGUUACCUUUGCCGUUCUUUAUUCCACCAUACCAUCCAUCCUAUUGCAUUUGCUGUUAUCUUUUCCAAUUCUGUCGAAAGUAAAGGUUCUGAAAUUAUCUUGAAUUCACUAACUUUUGUCCCCUUAUUUAGAAAUGGGCAAUAAAUAAAGGAGAAUGUUUGUACCUCAGAGCUGAAAUGAGGAGUCCUUGGUGCUCUCUGAGCUUGGUUGUUUUCUGGCAGACACCUUAUUAUCCAAAUUAGGUAACAACAUCAAAUUCUGCAAAAAUCCCUAUGCAGAAAAGAUUCCUUUCUAAUGGAAAAAGUUUUCAAACUUUCUUAAUGUCAAUUCCACCCUCAGUAAUGAUAAUAGGAUUACUACCAACCCAUCUAACUAUCCCAAGAUUGAAGUUCCCUCAUAUUCUUUUCCUCUAUUUAAUUUGAAAGUGAGGAACCAUGAAGCCUAAGGAGAUAUUGUUGAAUAGUGAUAGAACAUCACAGGUAUUCUUAGAUAGUCUUUUAACUUCACUGAAGUUAUUUGGGAAAAGUACAUUCAUCAACUUUUAAUGAGAAUUUGUACUGCUUAAUUGCACAUUCUAUAACUGGUGGAAAGAAUUGGCCAGCUUUCUCAUUUAGCAUAAUUCCUAAUUGGAACUGCCUGUAUUGGUCAUAUUUCAGUGUGUGUCUGAUUUUAUAGCCACAAUCCUUCAAAUUCCCAGGACAUUUAUGAUGUUGAGAUUAGAUUCCCAUCUUCCAAUAACUAAGUAGCAAAAGGAGAUGCCCGGACUGAAAUUUGGUGAACAUUAAGGUGUCCAUUCCAUUGGUAUAUGUAGUUCCUCUCCCCUUUGUGCUCUGAAUCUGGGAGCAUUCUAGAGCACUACUGCAGAGGAUUAGUGGGGGAAGAGAAAGUGCAAUAAUAACUGAAGUCUGUCUCUGGGUUUACUUCAUGAAGUUAGGACCUAUUUGUGUAAUUUAUAUAAAAAUAGCAUCUAUUGCAAUAAACUUCUGUUCCUCCAAAUCAAAUGCCGCAACAAUAAAAAUAUUAAGAUACCCAAGGUUUUUUUCUUUUAUGCUUGGUACAGUUGCCAUUUUUUUGAACAUCUCUCUUAUUUUGUUGUCAUAUUAAAAAAAAACACAUCUAAACAGAAGAAGCGCUCUUGCAAUUCUUUAGAACUGUAGUCAGUUGUAUAGUGUUUUGUGUAUCAUGAUUGUUGUCUUCUUGGCAUUGUGUUUGUUCAACAAUAUUUGUUUAAUAAAACUGAAAUGUCCCAAAAAAGGGAUCUAACCACA